AGAAAAAAAAAAAAUCUAAAUAGAUAGACUGAUUUCAAGAGAGGGCGCCAUAGAAAGGAAUAGAGAUAGUGAUGGAGAACGCAAAAGCAGCGCCUACGGGUUGUUUCAAAUGCGGACGACCAGGUCACUGGUCUCGUGACUGUCCUUCAUCCUCCCAGUCCCUCCCAUCAAAUUCUAAUGACACAAGCGCCGCUGUUAAUCUUUCAAAAUCGGUUACCCAGGAGAAGCCCAAGAAAGUUUCGAGGGCCAGGCCUAAACUUACCCCUGACCUUCUUCUUUCCGACGAUGGCCUUGGUUUUGUCCUUCGCCACUUCCCUCGCGCCUUCAAAUAUCGGGGUCGUGGCCAUGAGGUUAGUGAUUUGGGGAGCUUAAUUGGCUUAUACAGUGAGUGGCACUCUCAUUUGCUGCCUUAUUACUCGUUUGAUCAGUUUAUACAGAAGGUGGAACAAGUUGCUGCCUCAAAGCGUGUAAAGAUGUGUGUUAGAGAUUUAAGGGAGCGAAUUGCUGCUGGAGGGGAUCCAACAAAGUUGCAUGAAUCUCCGGUUGAUAAUAAUGGUCAAACUUUUGAACAAGCACCUGAUGAGGCUGUGAGCGCUGACGGAGCAUUUCAUCACCAUCAAGAUCCAUCUUCUAACACUGAUGCUGCUGAUGAUAUUCAUAAAGACCUACUUGAUGAGAUUUACAAGAAAGCUACUGAAAGUAGGAUGGUUGGUGAGGAUGUUGUUAAUGGUAGCUCUAGAAAUGGAUCAAUAAGUGAAGUGGGGAAUAAUGGAGGUAGUGGCAGGGAUGAAGUUGAGAUCACAGAGGAACAGAAAGCUCGAAUGGAAGCUAACAGGUUGAAGGCAUUGCAGAGAGCCGCUGCUAAAGCUUGCCCAUCGCAAGCAUCUUGACCGUUUCUUUUUUCAUAUGCCAAUAUGUGAAUGUGAUCCAUCUUUUUCUCCAGCUUUCUCCCUUGCUCACAUUGAAUUUUGUAUGUAUCUUGUGUUUAAUCUCUUGUUUCACUAUCAAUGAAAACCUCAAACAGACAACAUUAAAAGGACUUAAUUUUUCACUCCUUUGAAGGAGCUUUGCUAGCA